AUGCCCCCCUCCUCCUCGAAACCCUUCGUGCAAGCCGGAGAGCCCCUCAACGACUUUCUUCCGUCUUUCUGGCAGCGUCAGAUCGAUGCCGCUGAACAAGAAACCCCCGACUACCGCCAUCCUCCCCUGCCCCUCGCACGCAUCAAGAAAGUCAUGAAGAGCGAUCCGGAAGUCAAGAUGAUUGCCGCAGACGCUCCCAUCCUGUUCUGCAAAGCCUGCGAGAUCUUUAUUUCUGAGAUUACUGCGCGCGCGUUCAUCAUCGCCGACUCGAACAAGCGUCGAACCCUCUCUCGCGCGGACAUCGCAAAAGCUCUCAGCAAGUCCGACCAGUUCGACUUCCUCAUCGACAUUGUCCCUCGAGAAGACCCACCGGGAGGUGCCGCGGCACAAGGCGUCAGCGCUGCCAAUCGCCCACCGAAGAAGGUCUCGUCGCCGCUGAACGGUGGGCAGGGUGCUGCGGAUGUACAAGACGGGUCGUUGGACGAUGGGGUCGGCAAUGCGGAGGAGGUGCCCGGAGCAGUGGAUUUGGAUUCCCAGCUACGGUCACUGCUCGAUUCUCAAGCCCCAAUGGAGCCACGGCCGCUGUCAUAG